AUGACGGGGCUGCUGAAGCGGAAGUUUGGCCAGCUGGAGGAGGACUCGUCCUCGCUCUGCUCGUCCUCCUCCUUGUCCUCCUUGGGCCACCGCUCUCCCUCCUGCUCCCCCAGCUCCUCGGUCUCCCCGGCCUGGGACUCGGAUGAGGAGAGCCCCUGGGAUCAGCUGCCUUUGCCUGACCGUGACUUCUGUGGCCCCCGAAGUUUCACUCCCCUGUCCAUUCUGAAGCGGGCUCCCCGGAAGCGCCGAGGUCGAGUGGCCUUCGAUGGCAUCACCGUCUUCUACUUCCCGCGGUGCCAGGGCUUCACCAGCGUGCCCAGCCGUGGCGGCUGCACCCUGGGUAUGGCCUCCCGCCACAGUGCCUGCCGCCGCUUCUCCCUGGCCGAGUUUACCCAGGAGCAAGCCCGGGCACGGCAAGAGAAGCUGCGCCUACGCUUGAAGGAGGAGAAGCUGGAGUCUCUGAGAUGGAAGCUUUCGGAGACUGGGGUGCCCAAGAUGGAGGCUGGCCUGCCGCUUACCGUGGAUGCCAUCGAUGAUGCCUCUGUGGAGGAGGACUUGGCAGUGGCCAUGGCAGGCGGCCGGUUGGAGGAAAUGACCUUCCUCCAGCCCUUCCCAGCCCGGAAGCGACGGGCUCUGCUGCGGGCCUCAGGUGUGCGGAGGAUCGAUCGCGAGGAGAAGCGAGAGCUGCAGGCCCUGCGCCAGUCCCGGGAGGACUGCGGCUGUCAUUGUGACAGGGUCUGUGAUCCUGAGACCUGCAGCUGCAGCCUGGCGGGCAUCAAGUGCCAGAUGGAUCACACAGCGUUCCCCUGUGGUUGCUGCAGGGAGGGUUGUGAGAAUCCGAAGGGCCGUGUGGAAUUUAAUCAGGCUCGAGUUCAGACCCAUUUCAUUCACACGCUCACCCGCCUGCAGCUGGAGCAGGGGGCCGAGAGCCUUGGGGAGCUGGAGGCCCCCGCCCAGGGUGGCGCUCCCAGCCCCGGCGAGCAGGUCCUAGCCUCUGCGUUCCCCCUAGCCAAGCCCCCCAUGAGCAGCGAACUGGGAGACAACAGCUGCAGCAGCGACAUGACUGAUUCGUCCACAGCCUCAGGCACCAGCGAGGCCCCGGAUGGCCCUGCCCAUCUGACCCUGCCCAGCCCUGGCUUCCAGCCUGGCAUGGAUGAUGAUGGCCUGGCUCGUAUCCUGAGCUUCAGUGACUCCGAACUAGGUGGACAGGAGGAAGAGGAGGAGGAUGGGGGUGUGGGCGGACUGGACAAUCUCAGCUGCUUCCACCCAGCUGACAUCUUUGGUACUGGUGACCUCACUGGCCUGGCCAGCUGGACCCACAGCUAUUCCAGUUCCAGCCUCACGUCAGGCAUCCUGGAUGAAAACGCCAACCUGGAUGCCAGCUGCUUCCUCAAUAGCAGCCUUGAAGGCUUGGGCGAGGGCAGCCUCCCUGGCCCCUUGGUGCCAGCCAGCACGGACGCCGGCCAGAGCAGCUCAGCGGACCUCAGCUUGUCCUCCUGCGACUCCUUCGAGCUGCUCCAGGCCCUGCCAGACUACAGUCUGGGGCCCCACUACACCUCCCGGAAGGUGUCUGACAGCCUGGACCACCUCGAGGCGCCCCACUUCACCUUGCCUGCCUUCUCUCCCCCUGCGGACGCCAGCGCUUGCUUCCUGGAGUCCAUCAUGGGCUUGACUGAGCCCGCUGCCGAGGCCCUGGCUCCCUUUGUGGAUGGCCAGUUGUUUGAGGAUACCACCCCGGCGUCGCUGGUGGAGCCUGUGCCUGUGUGA